CUCAUCAUCCCAGGGGCACCCGACUUUAAACCGAAUAGACCCAAACAAUGUGCAUUUCCAUGUUCGAAUAACGUCGCCCAUCCUAAAAAAAAACUGUGUUUUUUAAAAUUAUUGUGUGAAGACUCGGGCUGGUGGUCCCGGACUAACGUUAGCGGGUUAAUCGCAGCGCCACCCAACCAUCUGUGGAAGUGGGACAUGGGAACAGAUGGCGCAUCCGAGCCGGCCUGCAGGGCGACUGACGCGGGCUAUUAGGACAGCACUGGAGACGUGUGUCGGUGAAUAAAACAAAAGGUUGUCUGGGUAUUCUGCUGAUCGGACCGUGCCAGAGUGACUUGGAUACGAGUGCGCGUCACAGAAAGCAACACAGAUUGACCACAUUGACGAGCAACUCGGCGACUCGACCACUGGCGUCAACUUAAUCGCUUUGGACGCGUCUCCGUGAACAAUGGUUGACAACCGCUACGCCACCGCUCUGGUCAUCGCCUGCGUGCUGAGCAUACUGGCCACCGUGUAUCUGUCGGUGGCCGUCGGGACGCAGCACUGGUACCAGUACAGCAGCCCCACCGUCCGCGGGGCGUCCAACGUGUCCGAGCUGCGUUCACUGUACGAGGAGUUCAUGGACGGGGAGUUUGAUGAGAAAACCUACAGCGACACCUUAUUCCGCCUCAACGGGACUGUGGGCCUCUGGUGGCGGUGCGUGCUCGUUCCCACCAACGCUCAAUGGCACAAGCAGCGAGAUGCCAAGAUGAUGCUGGAGUGCCGAAGCUUCACUCUCUCUGAGCAGUUCACUCCCAAGUAUAAAGAACCAGGCAACCACAACAGUGGAGAGGACAUGCUGCGCACCUAUUUGUGGAGGAGCCAGUUUCUGCUGCCUCUGGUGUCCUUGGGUCUGGUGGUGCUGGCAGGCCUGACUGGGUUCUGUGCCUGCCUCUGCAGAAGCCUCACCCCAACACUCGGCAUUGGAAUACUUCACCUGCUGGCUGGCCUCUGCACCUUAGCCACUGUGUGCUGCUACCUGGCCGGGAUGGACCUGCUCCACAGGGUGUCGAUGCUGCCUGAUAAGGUGGAUGGCUCUCUGGGCUGGUCCCUCUACUUGGCCCUCAUGUCCUCGCCGCUCCACAUGAUGGCAGCUGCUCUGCUCGUGUGGGCGGCACGUAGUCACAGUCAAAACUACUACCGCAUGAGCGCCUACCGGGUGGCAUAGGCUGAGCUCUGUUUCCCCCUCGGGUGGAUUAAAUGCAUGUAGUUAUGAUCCUAUCUGCUGCAUUCAAAUAUCUGAUUUGUAUCUCUCUACGGGUACAGAAUCGGUUUGAAAAAGGUCAACCAGAAAUAUGUGUAGUGCGCAACAUAUGUUUGCGAAAGAGUAACUCCACACCAAGCUGGAAAACAGUGUCAGUUUCAUCGAUGUAGUGCUUUCAGUACUCGCAAAGGGAGUAUCUGACAUUUAGGAAUUCAGCAACAUCGCUUUAAAAAAUCCUUUUGACGGGACGAGAAACAUGAGCAGGAGAGUUUAAAAGCCUUUUAUUUUCUUACUGAAACUGUUUCACUGUUGACCUUUUUGUUCUUCUUCUAAGAAUGCUCUUGACUAUUGUUCCACGAUGUUAUGCAUGAAGCAAAUAGACAAAAAGAAACGUCAUCAAAUCGGUGACUCUAACUUAUACGAGAAGAAGUUUGAGUGUGGAGCUUGGAGACGUCAUUUGUUCCACAGAUCUUUUGUGGUUGACCUUUUCAAAUCUAUUUCAUCUCUGGUCACACCCCAAAAUUCCCAAAUGAGCGUGUUGGAAUUUCCUCGUUGUUGCAUUUGACAAACACCUUGCUGCACAGGUUGUACUGAACACACCUUGAGUGUGUUGUCUUGUGCCGCACCAAAACACAAACCCACGCAGCAACACGAUCUAGGAGGAAUGGUUUGCUAUUGUCAUAAGAGAUGACUAGACUACUGUGUCUAUAUUGUUCUGUUAUUACAAAACGACGUGUAUCCCUUUUUUUUAAACUUACAUUUAUUUAUUCAUGGCCAUUACUACGGUCCGAUUUUGUUUCUAUGAAUUAUUUUCUGUUUUCAAGCAUUUCGUUUUGACGAAAGAUCAAAAGAUGUUUCACAAAGUAGUGUUUUUCCAUUAUUUCAUGUUUUCUUGUCGCCCUUUUGUGCUUCUAUGAAUUGGUUUCCUUUUGUGAAUUCCAUUGUUAUGUAUUUGAUUUAUGUGUUUGUUUGUAUUUUAUUAAUUUCCUAUCAUCAUUUCAAUUCAAAGGGAUUUAAGGGAAACAGUGUAUCCCUGUUAAGCAUUAUGAAUGUAAAUUAAAGGCCAUAUUGUGAUAAACGACAGUAUUACUUUGCACUUAAAUUAUUUUUACCAAAUCCUGAAUAUUGCUGGAUGGUCAGUUGUGAAUUUCUAUUUUUUGAAGAUACAUGUAUCCUAAAAAUAUAUAAUUUUCAAAAAGAAACAUUGCCCUAAAAACUAUGAUAUAUGUUUGCAAAGAUAUAUAUAUAUGAUUUAUAUUUAUAUAUAUAUGUUAUAUAUAUAUAUUAAUUGUAUAUAUAUAUUAGUUAUAUAUAUAUAUACAUUAAUUAUAUAUUUAAUAAUAUAAAUAAAAAAACUAAAGAAUGUCUGUGAAAUAAAUUGUGUGGUGUGAUGGGUUUCAUGAUAAAUCAGAUUGUAUUCUGCAUAUUCAACCCUAUAAUUCUAGAAAUUGUUCCAUCCCUGAAUUCCCUGGAGUGUAAAUGUGAAUCUACAGUGUUGUUCACUCUCCAGUUGUGAGCCGAAACGGUUAAUAAUUGUACACUUAAAUAUCACGUGCGAGCGUACCCGUGUGUGUUCAAAUCGACUGCUGUUGUUUCAAUAAAAGCUUUUUGUAACAUUUA